CAAGCAGAAGUUGUGCAGAGUUGUCUGACUGGCGACCAUGUCGUUUGCGUCAUGCCAACGGGCAGUGGAAAGAGCUUGGCAUUCUUUGCUGCCCCCGUACUCAUUCCUGACAGUCUGUUCAUAGUCAUCACUCCUCUAGUCGCCCUGACUGAAGACCUUGCUCGACGCUUAUCCAGCACAACCAUCCCAGGCGGCCAGUAUCACCACGUCAGAGACGUUUUGUCCGCACAGAUUAUCAUUGUAUCAGCACACCAAGCUGGCACCGAUGACUUUUAUCGAUGGGCCAACUCGAUCAGCUAUAGACUUAAGCGUGUCUUCAUCGACGAAGCGCAUCACGUUUUCACCUCUGACGAUUACAGACCAUGCUUCAAACUUUUUCAUCUCAUCACCCGGUUGAAGAAACCGAUUACUUUUCUCACAGCGACCAUGGCACCCCUGUCUUUAUCAAGACUUUGCGCUGAGAUGUCAAUACCACCCUCCAUGGUCCGAGUUAUCAGAGCUCCCCUGCAUCGACCCAACAUCCAUUACUCCGUGAUUAAAACCUCUGGGAAAGAAGUCAUCCAGCGUUUCACCGAUAUUUUUAAAUCCACCAUUCUCAACGCAAACGACAGAGGCAUUAUCUAUUGUACACGGAUCGACCUCAUCAAAGAACUUUCCCAAGCUCUUGACAUACCGUAUUACACCAGCAAAGUCGACGACAAACUGGACGACAGCGCAAAUACACAAGAGAAGAAACAAAGAUUUCAGGCCUGGCGCGAUGGCAUCACGCCCAAGCAUAGAUGGAUGAUCGCCACCCUUUGCUUUGGGGAGGGCAUUGAUUUUCCUGGAGUCCGGGUCGUUAUCCACUUGGAGGUCAAUAACAUGCUUCGUUUCCUGCAGGAGACCGGACGUUUAGGAAGGGAUGGGCUUCCGUCAUCUUCAGUGUUGAUAUACAGC